AGAAGAGAAUGAUCGAGGUGGAGCUGAAAGCGCAGUGUUGAAGUCAUUCACUCUGAAGCUAUAAAACAGCAGUCCUCUAUAAGUAAUUUACACCACAAGGCAUUGUUGUCUCCUUGGAUUUGAAUCGUGCUCAUCAUGGCAUCAGUUCCUUUCAAAACAGUACAAGCCCUUGAUGCUGAGUGGAGGAGGGAGCUGAAACUUCUGGCAGCGACAGGAGCAAGGGCAUGGUCUGAAAAAGAAUAGGACCAGGAAGAACAGUUCUAGAACUUCUGCCUUUCCUGGAAAUGCAGUUUACAACAAGCUCUCCAGACUGAAAAGAUCAUCUGAAGACAAUCACUGAGAUGAGCUUACUAGACCAGACCAGCAUUCCAGACCUUAACCUGACUGCAGUUUGGAAUAACCUAACAGAACCCACUGUCAAGAGCAGGCUCUCAACAUGUGAGCAAGUGGUCAUAGCAGUUGAGGUGUUCCUUGCACUGGGUAUUGUAAGCCUCCUCGAAAACAUUCUGGUCAUCUGUGCCAUUGUGAAGAACAAGAACUUGCACUCCCCUAUGUACUUCUUUGUGUGCAGCUUAGCUGUUGCUGACAUGCUUGUCAGUGUGUCUAAUGCCUGGGAGACCAUAACCAUCUAUUUAUUAAACAAUAAGCAUCUCAUUAUUGAGGAUGUUUUUGUACGUCACAUUGACAAUGUUUUUGAUUCUAUGAUAUGCAUAUCUGUUGUGGCUUCCAUGUGCAGUUUGCUAGCUAUAGCAGUAGACAGGUAUGUCACUAUCUUUUAUGCCCUCCGUUAUCACAAUAUCAUGACCGUGAAAAGAUCGGGGCUCAUAAUUGCAUGCAUUUGGACAUUUUGCACUGGCUGUGGGAUUAUUUUCAUCCUUUAUUAUGAAUCCAAAUAUGUGAUAAUUUGUCUCAUCACAAUGUUCUUCACCAUGCUGUUCCUUAUGGUCUCCCUGUACAUUCAUAUGUUUCUUUUGGCUCGUACUCAUGUCAAGAGGAUCGCAGCUUUGCCAGGAUACAAUUCUGUUCAUCAGAGGACCAGUAUGAAAGGGGCCAUCACCCUGACUAUGCUACUGGGCAUCUUCAUUGUUUGCUGGGCUCCAUUUUUCCUCCAUCUCAUCCUGAUGAUUUCUUGCCCACAGAACCUCUAUUGUGUUUGUUUCAUGUCUCAUUUCAACAUGUACCUUAUCCUUAUCAUGUGCAAUUCAGUGAUUGAUCCCUUGAUCUAUGCUUUCCGAAGUCAGGAAAUGCGAAAGACUUUUAAGGAGAUCAUCUGCUGCUAUAGCAUAAGAUCGGCCUGUGGAUUGCCCAUCAAGUAUUAAGAAAACUGUAUAGUUUGAGUGAAAAGAUGUAAGAAACAACACUUGAUCUAUUAACAGAAUUAUUGUCUACACCUAUUUCUGUUUCAGUAGGAGAUACUACAUUUUUGGCUUGUGUCAAUUUUAGUGUUGGGAACAGCAAAUUCUCUAGUUUUAAUUACUCAUUUUGGAUUGUGACUCAUCCAUGAGCUCCCAUGAAUCUGACUGUAUGAGUAAAACAUAUUGUAAACAAGUAUACUUAAAGUGGAGGAGAUAAACCAGCAAUGUAAGAUAUAAACUGCCAGAAGAAUUCUCAACUGAAUAAUAGCUCAGGUUUUUUUGUUAUAACUCUUAUGUCUUAUAACUGUAGUUAUAACUUGAAGCUAUAAUAAAGAACUUGGUUUUCAAUUCUGCAAGAGUUUCCUCCAUGGAAUCCCAAGAGUGACAUAAGUAAUGCUUUAUGAAAAAUAUAAUUUGUAAA